AUGUCUGACACCAAUACAGUGGUACAACUUCUUGCGAAGUCCCUUCAACCGUCAACAGCUAAGGAAUCUGAAAAUGGACUUAGAAGUCUCGAUGCUCAUCAAGGCUUCCCAUUGACGUUGCUUAAUAUUGUUUCUUCUGAUAAGAUGGACAUGGGUAUUCGUCUUGCCGGCGCUUUGUACUUUAAAAAUUUGGUCAAGAGGAAAUGGAUUGAUGAAGAUGGUCAUUAUCAUCUUCACGAUGAGGAUGUGGCUGCAAUUAAACGAGAGAUAGUAAACUUAUUGAUUCAUUUGCCUGAUCAUCUUCAGGUGCAGAUAGGUGAGUCUAUUUCCAUCAUUGCGGAGUCAGAAUUUCCACAAAUGUGGCCUGAAUUAUUAGAUGAACUUGUACAGAAGUUGGGUCCGAACGAUAUGGUCACUGAUAAGGGUAUUUUGAAAAUUGCCCAUUCCAUUUUCAAACGUUGGAGACCAUUGUUCAGGUCUGAUGAAUUGUUCCUUGAGAUCAAGUUUGUAUUGGAGAAAUUUGCCAAGCCAUUCUUGGAUUUGCUUCUUUGCGUCAACCAGCUUAUUGACCAAGCAGAAUCUGGACCAAAGGAAAACUUAUCAUUGCUUUUGGAGAACAUGUUACUCCUAAUUAAGAUAUAUUAUGAUUUAAACUGCCAGGAUAUCCCUGAAUUUUUUGAGGAUCACCUAAAGGAUGGGAUGACCGUUGUUCAUAAAUAUUUAAAGUAUCACAACACACUUCUGGAGGAUCCAUCGGAAGAUGAAGAAGUGGAUCUCACUACCCAAGUUAAAAUAAGUAUAUGCGAACUUAUUCAGUUGUAUACUACUAGAUAUGAAGAAGAGUUUCAUUCAUUCAUUCCCGACUUUAUUCAGACUGUCUGGGAUUUAUUGAAGAAUAUUACCAUGCAGCCAAAGUAUGAUAUAUUGGCAUCAAGGGCCCUUCAAUUUUUAACUGCCAUUGCUGCAGCCCCAACUUAUGCUCCUACACUUAAUAACGAAGAGGCUCUGAAGCAGAUUACAGAGAAAAUUAUCCUUCCAAACAUCACACUUAGAGAGUCGGACGAGGAAAUGUUUGAGGAUGAUCCGAUUGAAUAUAUUAGGAGGGAUCUUGAAGGAUCAGAUUCAGAUACGAGAAGGCGUGCUGCCACCGAGUUUUUGAGAGCAUUGAAGGAGACAAACGAGAAGGUUGUUACCGAAGUUAUACUAAGCUACGUGAAUAGUUAUCUGAGUAAUUUUCAGGCUGAUCACUCUAAUUGGAAAUCAAAGGAUAUUGCAAUAUACUUAUUCAGCGCGAUUGCUGCAAAAGGAUCGUUGACUAAUGCUGGUGUCACGGUAACAAAUCUUUUGGUAGAUGUCAUUGCAUUUUUCACCAGCUAUGUUGCACCAGACCUUGUUUCAAGCGAUGCUUACCCUAUAUUAAAGGUGGAUGCUAUCAAAUACAUAUUCACUUUUAGGAAGCAAUUGACAAAGCGGCAAUUAAGUGAAGCUUUUCCAUUACUUUCUGCCCACUUUCAGGAUAACAAUUAUGUUGUUUACACAUACGCUGCGGUUACAAUUGAAAAAAUUCUCUCUUUGAGAGACCCAACUGAACAUCAAAAACUUUUAUUUGAUCAGAAUGACAUUAACCCAUCUGUUGUCAAGGAGCUGCUUACAAACUUGUUUGGAUUGAUGCUUAAAAAUGGUUCUACGCCCGAGAAAUUGUCUGAAAAUGAAUUUUUGAUGAAAUGCGUCAUGAGAGUUCUAUUGACAACUAGAACAUCCCUACAGGAUCCAAAUGAUGUCUUGCAACAACUUCUAAAAAUCGUGCAAAUUAUCAGCAAGAAUCCUUCAAAUCCAAAGUUUUCUCAUUAUACAUUUGAAUCGAUAUGUGUUAUACUUACGGAUUACUCAUCUUCCAUCGAACAGUAUUUAACAAUCAUCAAACCAACACUCUUUGGUCUACUUAAUCAGGAGGUUCAGGAGUUUGUUCCAUAUGUGUUCCAGAUACUAGCUUACUGUUUAGAGGUGUUCCCAAAGGGAAAACCAAUACCAGAGGAAUACCAUCAGAUUAUAAAGCCAUUAUGCUCACCUGCUGUUUGGGAAUAUAAAGGUAACAUUCCAGCCAUUUCUAGAUUGAUUUCCGCUAUUGUUAGCUCAUCACCCUCAUCAUUUUCCAAUGCCGAGCAACUGAAGCCGAUCUUAGGAGUAUUUCAAAAACUCAUUUCAUCGAAGGUUAACGACAAUUUGGGAUUCCAUAUUUUGGAAACAAUUUUAACCUCUAUAAAUCUUCAGUAUACUCAGAAUUAUCUGAAGGAGAUAUGUGUUAUUAUCAUGACCCGCCUUCAAAGCUAUAAAACAGAAAAGUUUGUCAAACAGUUUAUCAUUUUCUUAUGCUGGAUCUCAUGCCUUCCAGUGUCUGAUUCUCAGGUCAUUGACGUAAAUGGUCUUAAUUCACAAUUUACCAUUAAAUUUGUGGACAAUGUUCAAAAUGGAUUGUUCGGACAGAUAGCCGACCACUUCAUCAUUCCUCGCAUCAAUACAUUUAAUAACUUGGUGGAUAAAAAGAUUUUAAUGGUCGGCCUCACAAAUGUUGUUGUUGAAAAUUUCGAGUCUGUUGGCAAGGAACGGUCAUUAAGAACGAUUGCUGAGGUGUUCAAAUUACUUGUUUCAGAUUCGAUUAAAAAUUAUAAGAAUAUGGAUGAAAGUCUGGAAAUAUUGCAGAAUUUAGAUAAUGAUGAGAUGACUUUUGGCUCCAGCUACAAUGAGCUCAAUAUAAUCAGAUCGAAUACUGUUGAUCCAAUAAGUAACAUAAAGAACCGUGAUAUGAUUACUCAGUAUGUUAAAGCUAAAUUGGGUGCGAUGAACGGCUUUCAAAAUUUAAUUUCGGCAUUGAGCAGUAUUGGAGAUCCAGAGUUGAAUGAGGCAUUGAAGAAGUUAUCAUACAUUCAUUAA